UGCAGGAUGGCUCAUCAGCAGAACAGACUGUUUCCUCAGCCACUGCUCAAAGCUUUCAGUGUUCUGAUCUUCAUCGUUCUCCUAAAGGAUGUCUGUAAUGGUCAGCCUCAGUUGAUUGGUCCAUCUCAGGUCCUGGUGGCAAGAGCUGGUGAUGAUGUCAUUUUGCCAUGUCAUCUGGAACCUGCAUACGAUGUUUCUACAAAGACACUGGAGUGGACAAGAUCUUCACUUGACCCCAGAUUUGUCUAUGUUUCACGUGCCAAUCAGGAACUCGAAAAAUUAAAACAUCCUUCUUUCAAAGGAAGGACAUCAUUGUUUGUUGAUGAACUCAAGUAUGGAAAUAUUUCACUGAAAAUCUCCAAAGUGAAAUUUACCGAUACAGGGACAUACAAAUGCUAUAUUCCAGAUUUGAAAAAAGAAGCUUUAGUCAAGCUAGUUGUUGCAUCAGAUACUGCCACCUCACCUGUCAUCAGUUUAUCAGGGAUUGACAAAAACAGAGGAGGAGUGGUGUUACAGUGUGAGUCUGCAGGCUGGUAUCCAGAGCCUGAGCUGCUGUGGUUGGACGGUGAGGGAAACCUCCUCUCUGCUGGACCUACAGAGACCCUCAGAGGUCCUGAUGACCUCUAUACUGUCAGCAGCAGAGUGACUGUGGAGAAGAGACACAGCAACAACAUCACCUGCAGAGUCCAACAGAAGCAAAUCAGCCAGAGCAGAGAGACACACAUACAUGUUCCAGGGGAUUUCUUUGAGAUCCCGUCCAGUUCUUCUGCUGUCAUCAUCGGUUUGGCUGUUAGUUUGGCUCUUUGCAUCACGCUGUUAAUUUUAUCAGCUGUUGUUCUUUUACGUAGAAAGAGGAAACACAUGAUGAAGAACAACAGAAGACCAAAGGAUCAGACUGACUCAGGAGAUGCUAAAGAUCCUCUGAGGAACAGAGAGGGAGAGCAUCUCAAUAGCAGCAGCUCUUCUAUCAACACUAAGAAGCAGACAUGCUUGCCAAUAACUUCAAGGAGGAAACUCCUGGAGGAACAAGGGAGGAGGGAGAAAGCUGAAAAGAACCUGGAGAACAUUAAAGCAAAGAUGAUCAAAUCUGAGAUGGAGAAGACUGGAUUCAUUCAGAAGCUGAUGGAGACACUUCUUACACUGGACUCAAAGCUCAGCAUCUCUCAGCACACAGAGAUCAUCGUAUCUGAGAACGAGAAGGAUGAAAUCAUUCAGAAGCUGAUGGAAACGUUUCCUACACUGGAAUCAAAGAUGUGUAAAGCUCAGGUGAAGAGCAGAGGACAUCAUUACUAA